AUGUCUACUGAGUUCUGUUCUACAGAUAUGUCGUCUGGGGACACCAAUUCACAACAUAAAGAGAGUUUAAUGCAUGAGAUCAAUGCAUUGUUUGCUCCACCGACAAAUGAAUCAUACGGUAAAAAAGGUUCACUCGGUAUUCCUUCUUUUCGUCGCGCAAGGAAAAACAAUGAAUCAACGACGAACAGUUCAGAAACAAAUAAUUCCAGUUUAGAGCACUACCAACUACCAAAUACAUCUGGAAAAAAUGAUCCAUUUUGGAGGAAACCUCGUGCUAAUUGUCAUGAAUAUUGUGAUAGUUGUGGUUGUAUUGAAGGCGAAAGACUUGUCUGCGAUCGAUGUCCAGCCAGCUUUCACCUUGAAUGUCUUGACCCACCAUUAGAUCCGGAUGAAGCACCUGUUGGUGUCUGGUUUUGUCAUCGAUGUUCAAUGGUGUUGAAAGAUGAAGAAGAUAAAACUUCAACAUCAAGUAGUCAAACAACUAUAGCUACAGAUACAGGUUCUUCACGUUCUGGUAAAAGUGGACAAAAACGCCAAGAUCAAGCAUCAUCAUCAUCAUCAGUUGGAACUACAACAGCAGCAACAGUUGGACUAUCAGCUUCCACUUCUACAUCUUCCAUUAGUAAUAACAACAAUAAUAAUAGUCAUUCUCACCAACAAAAUUCAUUACAACAAUUUAUCCAAUCACAAACUAGCAAACGUCAUUAUACAUUCCGUUCGACAUUUAACGAACAAUAUUGUUUAGAUAUGAAUAAAUUAUCGAGUAGUCGUUCCAGUACUUGGGGUGAUUCAGCGUAUGUUGCUGAUAUUGAAGAAUCUGAGCUAAGAGCAUUAUGGAAAGUAAUUGAAUAUGCGAAAUAUCAAAAUCCAAAAGAAUAUGAUCUACCGAAAGACUUAUUACCUGGUGUUAAGCUUCCUGGUUCAUAUAAAACACCAACAGAACGAAAAAAUAAAAGUAUCAUCGAAUUAGAGAAUGGUCUUAUCCCGCAACCUGUAAGACGUUGUUAUGUAUGUGUUCGAACAUGUUUCUAUGCUCCUUUGUUACCAUGUGAUUAUUGUUCAUCAUGCUUUCAUUUAGAAUGUUUAAAUCCACCAUUAUCUCAUUUUCCACCACGUUCUGAUCGAUGGAUGUGUCCAAAUCAUACAGAACAUACAACUGAACGUUAUUUAACUCGUUCAAUACGAUUAACUGAACGUAUGCAAAUUUGGACUAAAUUAUAUUCAUCAUUAAAUAAUGAAAAUAAUCAUUAUGAACAAUCUAUUGAUAAAACUGAUGAAAUGACAAAAAUACUUGAACAUAUACCUCCAUAUGAAUUAACUUAUACACCAGAUGAAGAAAGUUCUAUACUUUCUGAUUUAAUGCGUACUAUUCAACGUAGUAGAAAUGAACAACAACAACAACAGUAUCAGUUAUUGUCAUCGAAUUUAUCCAAUACAGCAAUGUCAAGUAUUUUCGAUUCAAUACUAUAUACUACUAAUAAUACUACUACUAUUAAAGAUAAACAACAUAGAUUGUCCAAUCGUCAUUUAUGGCGUUUAAAUCGUGAAUUAGCAGCAAAAUCUAGAAAUAAUCUAAAUUAUUAUGAUAAACAGAUAAGAAUUGUGGUUCCAAAAGCAGUUAAACAUUUGUACAAUAAUCCAGUAAAACGAAUUCCACGUAUUAAUGAAUCAUCAAAUGUAUAUCAAUUAACAAAUUUAAUUGAUAGUUCCAGUACAGAUGAAAAGAGUAUAUUUGUUCGUGGCCUUUUACAAUUUUAUUUACAAAAUACAUUACAAUUACCUACACAAUCGUCAAAUCUAAUACAACCAGAUAGUAGUAGUAGUAGUAGUACAAUGAUUACUGAUACUAGUGACACUAUUGUCACUACUAAUGCAACACAACUAUCAAUAUCAUCAUCAUCAUUUGACACAACUCCUAUCACUGUAACAACAACAACUAUUGACAGCCAUAUCAAUAAUAUUAAUACAUCUAGUUCCUUUGUAAUAGAUAACAAGACAACUGAUACAUUGAAGCUAACUACAGAUUCCAUUGAUAUGAACAUUGGCAACAAUUCAUCGAUAUUAUCAUAUAAUACAGAACAGAUAUCUAAAGAUCCUUCCUUUAUUCAAGAUGACAACAAACAUUUGUGUAACUCUUUUGAACAAUUGAAAACAGCAAUUAUGAAGAAAUUCAAUAAUAUUACUGAUGAUAAUAAUAGUAUUCCUUCUAAAUUGGCUCGUUUAGACCCUCAAUUAUUGUAUACGUUAGCAGCACAACGUAUUUAUGAUCUUUUGGGUAUUAACAAUGAAAAUUCUAUUUUUCCUAAUGAAGACAAUAUUGAACAGAAUAGUUGUAAAAGAAAGAGAGACACUUCUAAAACAUUGAAUAUUCCUGAAAGUUGUAUCCGUGCAAGAGCUGUACUAACACCUUGUGAUGGGACUAAUGGAUAUGAAACUCGAAUGCAUUAUAGGCAAUUGACUGUUGGUACAUCACCAGAUUGUCAUUUAUGUUUAGCUAAUUAUAAUUUAUCUUCAUUAAAUAAUCAAAAAUGUUCAUUUAUAUCACCACAUCAUGCUACAAUCUUCUAUGAUGAUUGGACACAACAUUAUGAAUUAAUUAAUUAUAGUGAAUAUGGUACACGUGUAGAUGGUAUUAUAUAUGGGAAUGAUAUAGAUAGAAAAUUAAUUUAUAUUCCAGAAUCUUCCGAUCUUGUUCACCGAGUUCGUAAUCUCAUAAAAACUGCUCCUAAAGAAUUAUUACCAAAUUAUGAAACAUCAUCGGUUAUUUCAGAAUUGUGUGCUUCACCGCCUAAACGUCUAAUGAAAAUGUUAAGUAAACGACAUGAAGAUUUAUCACAUAUGACAUCUGUAUGUGAUUGUACAAGUUUACAUUUUACUCAAAAUGAUAAAACAGAUUCAUUCAAUUUAAUCACUGGUUGGGAAGGUUCGGCUAUUUUAAGACAUGGCUCAAUUAUACAAUUUGGUUGUUAUAAAUUUAUUUUUAGUUUAGUUAAUCAUUCUUUACCUUCCCAUCCAUCAUCAACAUCAUCAUCGGCGUCAACAUGGAUGACAAUGAAUCAUAGUUCAACACAAUCUUCUUCUCAUGAAUCACCCGUACUACUUACAGAUUCUUUAUCAGUAGUAACAAAAGAUUUUUUAAAAUUGUCUAAAAAUAACAACUUACUUGUUCAUUAA